UCGAGAAGUGUGGGAGCGAGGGCCGCCACUACAAGUCUGCCGUCAGUAGAUUCUACUACGCGGAGGGACUCCCUCUCUCUCUACCUGUUGCGAGAGAUGUGUUGACAAAAAGCUUUCAGAGAUAUUAUAUAAAAAUAUAUAUAUACACCGUGAUUCAUUGAAAAUACGAAACUUUUUUAGUUAACCGGAGUGUGGACCAUUUUAUCUGUGUGUUUCAUUCAUGUCUUUGGAAAUAUUCUUUAAUUUCACCCCUACCUGUGAUUUUUAAAUUAGAAUUGUUAAAAUCUGCAGCUUGUUUAAAUUUGAAGUUGAUACUGCGGAAAAUGAAACUCUUAAUAGAGAUGGUUUAGACUGUUGUUUGACAUAAACUUUUGGUGAUCUGUAGAUUAAAAGCAAUGGUUUUACUUUGUGUGCCGAUUUCUCUUUGGAUUUGAAAACAUGCACUGUCUGUGUUCAAAAAAAGUACGGACAUAAAACUGAUCUUAAACGAAGCAGAAGGAAUUUUAUUUGAGUCCGAGUUGGAGUAGAACCCCGGACCAUGCACGAGCUCUCCGCCAGCCAGCACCAGAUGUUUCUCUCGCUGGUCGCCUCGGCUAGCCGGCCCAUGCAGCACCCCUACCAUCUUGACGCUCCCGACUACAGCCGGAAGUCAAACUUUCCUGACGACAGGGGCCACCCGGCUCUGUGCCAGAGGGUCAAGGACACGGAGCUGGUUGGGUACUCUGACCUGGCCGCUCACUACAGGUACUCGGACUUGUUGUACGCCAACAGGCUGGCCGCCGAGCCCGGCGCCCUCAACUUUCCCCUGUGGAGAUCCUACGAGGUGACCACUGGCUCGCUGGCCCGGCGACCCAACCCUGGCGUCAGCGAUCUCCCCGCGUUAUCCGGACCUCUCUCGCUGCUGCCCUCCAAAUCUCUACUGGCCACGUCAUCCAGCGCGGACAUGUCGCCCGCGUCCCCAUCCUCAUCACCGCCAUCCCCGCACCGCCGGGCGUCGCUCAGCCCGGACUGGAACCGCGGACCCUUGCACGCCGAGGCCCGGCAUUUGACUCUGUACGAAGAGCGAGUCCUGCAGGAGCACAUGGCGUUAAACUGUCUAGCGCCGUCCCCGGCUCUAUGGCGCUUGUAUAGGCCCGGGCCGUUGACCGCCCCGCCACUGAUAAACAUGUGUGGGCCCCCGGGGGACAUGUUUGAACAUUAUCUGCCCUCCCCAUCGAACCAACGCCAGCUUCAUGGAUAUAUCCCGAGACAUCAUCUUUACAAAGAUUCCUUAUUUAACGACACAAGACCUUCCCCGGGGAAAGACCUUCCCACCAAGUCACUGAAGCAUGACCGUCUGAGGGACAGGCAGGAGGUGACCGGGGCGUUGGAGGCUGACAGGGACCACGCGGACCGCUUGAGCCACAUCAAACGUUCCACCAGCACCCAGACGCAAUUCUCCAGCUUCAGUUGUGAAAACCUCCCCCCUCCUCCCUACUACCCCGCCCAUGUUAGCUCAGACCCGGACACCGGCUGCCCCCUGGUCCCUCCCUAUCAGCUCCCUCCUCCUCUCUUCAAAUACACCCCUCACACCAAUUCUCAGCUUCCUCCCCCACCUCUCCUCCCCGCCUCCCUCCCCCCACCCAACACUUUGCCGCCGUCCCCCGUGCAGACCCACCCCAUCAGACACCAACCCGACCCUUCUCUCCCACCUCCCCCACUCUCGCAGGUCCGGUCGUCCCCGCCCGUGACGCCCCUCCCGCCCUAUCACACGUCCUGUAGAAGCUGUAGUCCUCCCCCGUCUCUACCCCCCUACCACUCCUCAUGCCGGAGCUGCAGCCCGCCCCCUCCCCCAAAGUAUUCUGACAUCACCAGACUGCACGUGGACGUCCAACACGCCCCCCUCAACCUGUCCCUGUCGAGUUCACAAACCGCCACCUCGCGGACACCCUACCCUGGCAGCAGUGGCGCACCCUCAACAGGAGAGGCUUACAGAGACCGAGUGGAGCCUGGAGAAACCCAGCACAGGACACUGUCAAAUCAAAAUGGCAGUAACCACGAAUCAGCAGCUCAAGUCACCAGACCUAUACAAAUUUCAGAUGAAGCCAUAGAGGAACAUUUCCGCCGGUCACUAGGAAAGUGCUAUAGUGAACCAUCACCUCCAAAACAGAUGACUGUGUCAGAAAAAAUAUGCUCAGUAGAUGACCACUUUGCUCGGGCUCUUGGUGACCAGAUGUGGACAGAAAUCAAAGCAAGAUCAGAACCACCGCCUAUAGAUGCAGGGUCUGUUGAUGCACAUUUUGCUAAAGCCCUUGGUGAAAGUAUGUGGAGAAAGCUCAAGGCAGAGAAGAAAUUAGACGAUGAUGUAAAUUCACAACAGCAGCCAACAAAUCAACACCAGUCAUCUUCACCAUUACAAACACCAUUAGUCACAUAAUUCAUCAAUGGAUAUACUAUGAUCAUAAAAAAAGAUUUUCAAAAAAAGUUUAAUAAAAGUAAAUAAACAUUUAGGAUUACCACCUGAAAUGAACUAUGUAUUUUUAAAAACCUUCUUGUAAAUAUUUUUUUCAUGCAUAUUUUUAGAAUGAAGAAAUCAGAUGUUACAUUGUUAGAUUAUUUUCUAUUAAGAAUUGUUUAGUGAAUAUUCCACUCAUACAUUAUUUGAACUUACUAUAACUUACACUACAAAAUCUUUUAUGCUUGUUCUAUUAUUUUCAAAAAGUUUUAAUUCUUUGUACUCAUUAUAGUAUUUGUCAAUAUAUGUAAAUACUCUGUAUUUUAUGUGGAAAAAAUAUUUAUUAUAAAAUUUACUGGGCAUACCUUUUUAGAAAUACUGAUUUGGAGAUAAAUGCUGAAAUAUUUGUAUAAAAAAAUCAUAAGCUCUUCUAAAAAGAUUGAGAUUGAAAAAUAGACCAUGUUAAUCUGGAACUAUCAGAUUUCAAAGUGUCUAAAUUUUUUAAUGAUGUAUAUUAGUACUUUGUAGUAGUCCAAUGCAAGGGUAUUGCUACAGAACUACAUGAAAGCAUGCUUCAACACUUGAAGGUAUUAGCUUCUAUCGUGAUUACAAUGAAGACAGGUCCGGCAGCCUGUUUUAACAAUUCUCAUGUUUGCCAACUACCAGUACUAGUCUGCAGAUAAUCUGGUAACAGGCAAGCACCGUGUUUACAGAUUGGGCAUAUAUUAUUUAUAAAAUACUGCUUCACUAUAUUCUUUUGAUGGGUUUAAUCAUUUGCAACUUCUCUGAAUUGCAUUAGGUAAACAUUGUAACUUUCUUAAACAGAAGUGUUUGUGCCAUUUUGUUAAUAUAUAGAUGUAAAAAAAAAAAUCACAAAAAUAUAACAUUUUCAAGUGUGAUGCAGCCACUCAGUAUUUGAGUCACUUGUGAAAUGCUUUAUUUAAAACAUAGUACUUGUGUAUGGUUUCACUAGCUGUGAGGUUUCUCUGUAUUAUUAAAUGCCUAUUGUCAAGGUUUUUUUAAUUAGUCAUGCUUUGAUUUUAUCAUUAACAGAUUCAGUAUAUCUGUCUUGUGAUAUGAGACUCUCAAUUUUUGCUGACAGUGUUAAUUUUAAUUCUGUCUUGUAUUUAUUGUUCUAAUGCCAGACAUCAAAUGAAUUAUGUAAAAAAUUGUUAUUGUUUCUGUUCAUUACUUUUAAUUUAAAAGUACCGGUUGCCUUAAGGUCUGUCUUAUUUUAUUCUUUAUUCCCCUACAAAAAUAUUUGGACUUUGUAAAUAAGCAAGUAUAAUUAUGUUUCAUUAUUGUUAAACACCUCACAUUGUAAAUAAUCCCAAAAAGAAAUUGUCUUCUUCUGGUUCUACAUUUACACCUAAUUUUGUUGAUCACUUAUUGUUUUGUAACUUUCGACUAAAAAACAUUGACCCUUUUUAAAAAAUUACAAGUGUUAGCCAAGCAGUUGUGGUUUAGCUAAAAAUGCAGUCUUUGAUGUGUAGUCCAUUCCAAUUGAAAUUAAUGUUUUUCCUAUAUCUUCAUUCUAUUUGAACAAGCAAACCUUUUAUUUCCCAUGAUUGCUUUGUUUAAAUAAAAAAAAAAAGAUUUUUGUUUGGAUACUUGCAAGUAAUUUAAAUUUGUCAUUUAAAAAUAACAUUAUGGUGAUGUGGUACCAAAAAAACAAACAAAAAAAAAAACAGUGUUGGGUAGUUCAUAUUUAUUGAUGUGAGGAAAUGGUUCAAAGUUCAGUUUAAAUCUCUGCCAGUCUUGACCAUUUACUUACAUUAACUUUUUAAUACAAAUUUCACUAAAUGGGUCAAUCUAUAAAUGUAGCAUAUGUAAAUAACUGGCGUGUUCCAUUGUUUUAUUUUCAUGACAAAAAAGUACAAUUUUGUUUUCUUGUACAUAGUCUGAUGAGAAAAGUAUAAAGUUCACAAAUCAAUGGUUAAAAUAAAUUAUAUGAAAAUGA